AUGCCUUUUAAAUUUUUGAAACAUUUGAAAAGACACAAAAUGGGGAAAAAUCUCAACGUUUUGAAACAAAACGAAAAAAAGGCUCGAGAUCAAAGGGGUGAAAUCGUUAUCAUUAUUCCAAGAAUAUAUAUAUGUAUUGAAAUGAAUUAUUAUCGAUUGAAAUGUUUUAUUAUAUCUGGUAAUCCUGUAAUUAUCGACUGA